CGAAGCCAGGCGGCGGGCAGGGCAGGCAGAAGCCAUCUGCACAUCUGUGCCCGGCCGGACACCAUGAGCGGCCGAGUAGGGGACCUGAGCCCCCAACAACAGGAGGCGUUGGCCAAGUUCCAGGAGAACCUCCAGGACCUGCUACCCACCUUGCCCAAGGCUGAUGACUACUUCCUCCUGCGCUGGCUUCGAGCUCGGAACUUCGACCUGCAGAAGUCAGAGGACAUGCUCCGGAAGCACAUGGAGUUCCGGAAGCAACAGGACUUGGACAACAUCCUUUCAUGGCAGCCCUCAGAGGUGGUCCAGCGGUAUGACUCGGGCGGUCUGUGUGGCUACGACUAUGAAGGCUGUCCUGUGUGGUUUGACAUCAUUGGGACCCUCGACCCCAAGGGUCUUCUCCUGUCAGCCUCCAAGCAGGAGCUGAUCCGGAAACGCAUCAAGGCCUUUGAGUUGCUUCUGCAGGAGUGUGAGCUGCAGAGUCAAAAGCUGGGUAGGAAGAUUGAGAUGGUGCUGCUGGUGUUUGACAUGGAGGGACUGGGCCUGAAACACCUGUGGAAGCCGGCAGUGGAGGUCUACCAGCAGUUUUUUGCCAUGGUGGAAGCAAAUUAUCCUGAGACAAUGAAGAAUUUAAUUGUUGUUCGAGCCCCCAGACUUUUCCCAGUGGCCUUCAACUUGGUUAAAUCGUUCAUGAGUGAGGAGACACGCAAGAAGAUAGUGAUUUUGGGAGACAACUGGAAGCAGGAGCUGUCAAAGUUCAUCAGCCCCGACCAGCUGCCUGUGGAGUUUGGGGGGACUCUAACUGAUCCUGAUGGCAACCCCAAGUGCAUAACUAAGAUCAACUACGGGGGUGAGGUGCCCAAGAGCUACCACCUGUGCAAGCAGGUGAGGAUGCAGUAUGAGCACACAGUGACCGUGGGCCGUGGCUCCUCCCAGCACGUGGAGAAUGAGAUCCUGUUCCCAGGCUGUGUGCUCAGGUGGCAAUUUGCAUCAGAUGGUGGAGACAUUGGCUUUGGGGUUUUCCUGAAGACCAAGAUGGGGGAGCGGCAGAGGGCUGGGGAGAUGACAGAGGUGCUGCCCAGCCAGCGCUACAAUGCCCACCUGGUGCCUGAGGAUGGGAGCCUCACCUGCUUCAAGGCCGGUGUCUAUGUCCUGCGCUUUGACAACACCUACAGCCUGCUGCAUGCCAAGAAUGUCAGCUAUACUGUGGAGGUGCUGCUCCCUGACAAGGCAUCUGAGGAGAAACUGCAGAGUCUCAAUGCAACGAAACCCUCUCAUUGAGUACCCUGACUGUCCUGCUCUCUCCAACCCCUUUACACCCUGCUCCUUGCUCCUGCCUUCCCAGGUGUUGAUGGUCACAGAGAGCCAUCUAUCCCACAUCAUCAUCUCAGCCCACUGUGGGCCCAUUUGCAUAGUGGCCAAGCAGUGGGGAGGAAACCAGAUGAGCUUCUCAUCCCCUGUUCCUAGAGAGUGAGAAUAGCAUGACCCUGAGUUCACCAAGAAGGUUCCUCCCACAAGGUCUACCCAUCCCAGCAUUUACCCAUGCUUGGUGUCCUAGCUUGGGGCAGGGGGUAUAUGUGAGCACCAGAUUUGGCAGGGAGCACUGCUAGGUGCAGGCUUAAAGAGCAGGGAAGCCCCAUUUUCUGCAUGCAGGAGGUMAAUAGGAAUAGGAAAGGCCGGCUGAGGUAGCUGGGUAGAAGAUGGGGCAGGAGUCAGGUCCAGCUGAGCAAUAGGGCCUCUUUAAGCUUGUUCUCCCGCCUUUUAGGGAAAGACAGAAAUGAAGAAGCAGGACCCUGCAGGGGUACCAUCAGUGCUGGGGGAAGCCAUGCUGAGCCCUUACAAAGUUGGGUAGAUAAAGAUUGAGUCUCCAUUGACCUCUCUUCCCCUCCACACUUGUCGGGGUCUUGCCACAUUCAGCUCUGGUUCUUUGUGGAUCAAGUAGGGGCCAAGAACAAAGCACAGCUAGAAGCAGGUGUCAUGGUGCUGCGAUAAAGAGUGUGAGCUGCCACCUCA